AUGGAAACCAUUUCUUCUAUACAUCUUUUCACAACUCUUUUCAUAAUUCUUGCUUCUACUCUCACCACACAGUGUGCCAACAAAGUUAGUGAAACACCUUACCAAGAAGCAAGCACGGUGUUCAUCAGAACAUCUUGUAGCUCCACAAGUUAUCCAAGACUCUGCUAUAGCUCCUUAGUGAAGCAUGCAGACUUGAUCCAAACAAACCGUGUGCUUUUAACGGGCACGGCUCUUAAUGUGACUCUUGCAUCUGCCAAAUCGACCUCAGCAGUGAUGUCAGUGAUGGCAAAGAGGCAGGGGCUGAAGCCGAGAGAGGUUGCAGCGAUGAAGGACUGUGUGGAGGAGCUGAGUGACUCGGUGGAUGAACUGAGAAGGUCUAUCGAUGAGAUUAGUCACCUAAGAACCUCCAACUUUGAGAUGACAAUGAGUGACGUACAAACAUGGGUAAGCGCUGCUUUGACAGAUGUGAACACAUGCACAGAUGGGUUCCAAGAGAGUGCCAUAACCAUUGAUGGUACAAGCACCAAGAGCAGUGUGAGAGGACUUGUUGUGCAGCUAGCUCAGUUGACCAGCAAUGCCUUGGCUUUGAUAAAUCAGCUAGCCAAUUCUCAUGGUUAA